AUGGCCGCCAAGCGUAUCUCCUCGACCGCCCUGCGACGCGCCGUCCGCUCCGCAUGCGGCACCGUCGCUCCCCACCCGGCCCUGGCGGCUGCUGCCGCCACCGCCGCAAAGCCCAUGCAGAUCCGUGCCCUCUCCGCCUCUGCCCGGAGGGCCAGUGAUACCCUCAUGGUGCACCGCCACACCCCCGACAACAACCCCGACCUGCCGUUCAAGUUCUCGGCCGAAAACGAGCAGGUCAUUGCAGAGAUCCUCAAGCGCUACCCGCCCCAGUACAAGAAGGCCGCGGUCAUGCCGCUGCUCGAUGUCGGCCAGCGGCAGCACGGCUUCACGAGCAUCAGCGUCAUGAACGAGGUGGCGCGUCUGCUGGAGAUGCCGCCCAUGCGCGUCUACGAGGUGGCGUCGUUUUACACAAUGUACAACCGGACGCCGGUGGGCAAGUUCUUUGUCCAGGCAUGCACGACGCUCGGCGGCUGCGGCAGCGACGCUGUGGUCAAGGCGAUCACAGAGCACCUGGGCAUCACGGCAGGCCACACGACGGCGGACGGCCUGUUUACGUUCAUCGAGGUGGAGUGCCUGGGCGCGUGCGUCAACGCGCCGAUGAUCCAGAUCAACGACGACUACUACGAGGACCUGACGCCCGAGACGGUCAAGGCGCUGCUGGACGGCCUCAAGGCGUCGGCGCUCGACACGACGGGCAAGACGCCCUUACCCAAGGCGGGCCCGCUGUCCGGCCGCGACACCUGCGAGAACAGCGCAGGCCUGACGUCGCUGACAAGCAAGCCGUGGGGCACGGAGACGACCCGGAGUGACCUGUAG